AUGAAGGUACCGACGCCACCAACUCAGCAGCUAACACCACCACCUCAGCAGCCAAAUGAGGAAGAAUCUUGGAUCAAUUAUGUCGAAAGGUUAGAGGCAUUCUUCGAAGCCAACGACGUGACUUCGGAUUCGAAAAAAAAGUCGAUCCUAAUCUCCGUCCUGAACCCCGAGACCUACGCUCGUCUGCGGAGCUUGUUGGCACCGAGCAAGCCGAAGGAUGAAACGUACGAUACCAUCAUCCGUGUCCUGACGCAACACCUCAGUCCCGAGCCAUCGGAGAUCUACGAAACUUUCAGAUUCCAGACCCGGGUGCAAAACAGCGGAGAAAGUGUGGCCGACUACCUAGCGGAACUGCGAAAGAUUGCCGACCACUACGCGCUGGACACCACCCUGGCCGCGGAGUUGGCCAUCUCAAAUGCAAGUCGCCUGCCGGGAUCAAGUGACACGCCAGCCGCAACGGCGGCAACCGGCGUGAAUGCUUUGGAGCAGAAGAAACGUCACGGCAACCAGAAAGCCAGCCGGCCACCAGGCAAGAAGCCCUCGUGCAUUCGUUGUGGCGAGAAAAGUCAUUCACCGCCGGAAUGCCCGCACAAGAACACAACGUGUUUUAAGUGCAACAAACGAGGACACUUAGCGAGCCAGUGCUUCGGGAACAAGACUCCUGGCCAUCAAGGCAAGUUUCAGUCGAACAUGAUGCUUGAAGAAGAACCCGAAAGCUUCUACCUGUCCACAGUUCAGAGUCAGAAGGACGUGCGUAGCACCGCAUACACUACCACACUCAACUGGGGUGGAGUAGAGCUCCAGAUGCAAGUGGACACCGGAUCCCCUGUGUGCGUGAUUGCAGAAGAGACCUACAGGCGUAGGGCACAUUUCUGGCCGAAGUUGGAGCCAACAGAUAAAACUCUAUAUUGUUACACUGGGAAACUGCCUCUACUGGGAGUUUUGAAGCUGGUGGUGAACAACCCAACCGGUGAAACGGAAGGGGAGCUGUAUGUGACAAAGUGUUCCAGUCCAUCCCUCUGUAGUCGCGACAUCAUCCAGAAACUGAACAUUCUUGGACCAAACAGUGUCACCUUUGUGCAGGUGGACGGUUCCGUUCAGGAAACAGUAACAAAGCUGAAGAGGGAAUUCAGCGACUUGUUCCAACCUGGUACGGGGUUGAUGAAGGGGCCACCAGCGCACAUCAACUUGAAGAAGGAGGUAAACCCAAAAUUCUUCAAAGCACGCUCUCUACCUUAUGCCAUACGUGACAAAGUGGCUAGGGAGUUGGACCGGCUGUGUGAAGAAGCAUGCGAAGUAGACCAGUACCCACUGCCUAAGGUGGAGGACAUGUUCGCCAAUUUGAAAGAUGGCUAUUGGUUCACGAAACUGGACUUACGGGAAGCAUACUGCCAUGUGCCUUUAGAUGAGUCGAAGAAGGCAGCAGUGCUAAAUACUCACAAGGGACUGUUUUCGUACAACCGUUUGCCUUAUGGAAUAGCAUCAGCACCUGCAAUUUUUCAGAGGAAAAUGGAGGCAGUGCUCAAAGACAUUCCAGGCACUCAGGUGUUCCUGGAUGACAUUUUGGUGGCUGAACGCCAGCAUGAGUUUGGCACAACCCUACGGAAGGUGUUGUCAGCUCUCCGUGACAAUGGUAUUAAGCUCAGGGAGGAGAAAUGCAUUUUUGGUGAAGAAGGAGUGAACUACCUGGGACACCGAAUUGACAGGGAAGUCACGAAGUUCAGGGACUACCUGCUAGGUCGCUCGUUUGUUCUGAAAACAGAUCAUGAGCCAUUGGUGGGAUUAUUUAAAGAAACCAAGGCAGUACCUGCGGUGGCAGCAGCCAGAAUCCAGAGAUGGGGUCUUAUCCUGGGAGCGCAUCAGUACACCAUUAAAUAUAAACCGGGACAGCAGAAUGGAAAUGCCGAUGCCCUCAGUAGGCUUCCUGCAGAAGAAGCGGAAGACACAAACUCCCAGAGUGAGCAAGUACUGUCAACAAGUCUUCUGGACAGCAGCCCACUGUCACGUCAGCAACUUGAGGAGCUGACUCAAAAAGACCCUGUGUUAAUGGAAGUUCGCCACCAAUUCAACAAGGAUGGCCAAGGAAGGUUAAAGAUCGCAAGUUGCAACCUUUCUGGCGGCUACGACAUGAACUCGCAGUGGACAAUGGACUGA